UGGCGUACCAGUAGAGCUCCCGCUGCAGGACUCUGCCGUUCCCUCCAGGAAUUCCAUCCUGGAAGCCAACAGAACAGAAAGGUGCUCAAAGCCUACACACUUUUUUUCUGUUUUUUUAACACUCAUAUACUUUUGUUUUAUUACAUUCCUAUUUUUCUUCUUGAAACUACAAGGCCAGUGGACUUGAGGCACAGACAUCCUUCUCCAGGGACCUGCAUUUGUAACAAUCCUGUAUGUCAGUCAGUCUGGCAAUUCAGUCGCAGACCUGCUCAUCCACUAUAUAUUUUUCAGGAGGAAGGCUCAACCAAACUCUGCAGCUAAGUGCUGCCACAGGUGGUCAGAAGGUUUAUUUCUGAAACACCGGUAAAAAGUAGUGUUUGUGGCAUUUUUUCAAUGUAAAAUAUAUUUUAUUUUAUCUUUUGCCCUGUGUCAGAUGAGCUUUGACUGGAAGUGGCCAUGUUUCACCUCCUGUUGCUUUACCAGUCAGUCCAGGGACACAACCACUCAUCUGUCCUUCAUUUUGGGCUCGAUGUGUAUUAGUUUUCUGUCACUGCUCCCCUCUAGCUCCCUAAAUGUAUUUCUGAUUGUGUUGUUCUUGAUGCCUGCCCGCUCGUCAGGCCAAGGAGAUCACAUAAGUGGGGGAGUUGUGGGAGUUAUUUUGGCUGCAGAGUCCUCCAGAGGACCAUCAGGGGAGAUCCAGUACCAAGGAGGGAAGCCUGUGUCCAUUUCACCGGUUUGUGUGGAGGAGCAUGUUGUGACAGCCAUGUCUUUGGAGAUGGAGAAGACCAUCACCAAGCUGAUGUACGACUUCCAGAGGAACUCCACCUCUGACGAUGACUCUGGGUGUGCACUAGAGGAAUAUGCCUGGGUUCCCCCCGGCCUCAGCCCUGAGCAGGUGCAUCAGUAUUAUAACUCUUUACCAGAAGAGAAGGUUCCCUAUAUAAACAGUCCUGGAGAGAAAUACCGCAUCAAACAACUGCUUCACCAGCUCCCGCCGCAUGACAAUGAGGUGCGUUACUGCAACGCGCUGGAUGAGGAAGAGAAGCGAGAACUAAAGCUUUUCAGCAACCAACGAAAGAAGGAUAACUUGGGCAGGGGGAGCGUGCGUCCUUUCCCCCUCACCAUCAAUGGGGCCAUCUGUGAUAAGUGUGGGGGUCAGAUAAACGGAGGGGACAUUGUGGUUUUUGCGGCAAGAGCGGGACAUGGAAAAUGUUGGCACCCUCAUUGCUUUGUCUGCUGCAUGUGUGAGGAGCUGCUGGUGGAUCUCAUCUACUUCUACCAAGAUGGCAAGGUCUACUGUGGCCGGCAUCAUGCCGAGAGACUGAAACCCCGCUGCUGUGCCUGUGAUGAGAUAAUCUUUGCUGAUGAAUGCACCGAGGCAGAGGGCAGGCACUGGCACAUGAAGCACUUCUGUUGCUAUGAGUGUGAGACCACCCUUGGCGGGCAGCGAUACAUCAUGAAGGAUGGACGGCCACAUUGCUGCAACUGCUUUGAAUCCCUUUAUGCAGAGUACUGCGAUGCAUGUGGGGAACACAUAGGUAUUGACCAGGGCCAGAUGACAUAUGAUGGGCAGCACUGGCAUGCAACGGAGGAAUGCUUCUGCUGCGCCCGCUGCAAACGCUCUCUGCUUGGCCGCCCCUUUCUGCCAAAGCAGGGCCAGAUCUUCUGCUCGAGGUCCUGCAGUGCUGGACAGGAUCCAGAUGAGUCAGACUCCUCAGACUCGGCUUUCCAGAGUGCACGCUCCCGUGAGUCUCGCCAUAGCACCAAGAUUGGGAAAAAGGAGCGUCGGAAUGCUGAGCAGGAGCGAAGGAGUGCAGAGGCUCGCCAGUCGGCUCCUCCACCUAUGCCUGACCGUCUGUCUGCAGAAAUUGAUCCCCUGUCUGUUCAGAUGGACCGCUUAAGCCUCUCAUCUAGCCAGACCCCGAGCAGGACACCUAAUCGCACACCCAGCCGUACUCCAAGCCGUGCCCCGAGCCUUAACCAAGUGUGGAUGAGCCGAGAUGACCCGUACGUCCCUGCUGCCUAUGAGGGACCCCAGAGGGAGCCCUCCCCCACCCAAGCACCUAUUCAUCUGUUGGGUCAGUGUAACCCCAGGCAGGGUUACAAUCCCAAUGCAAAUGCCCAUCCUCCAGCCCAGAGUACUGUUAAUCCAGGGAAGAGGCCUGACUCCUGGGGGAAAGAGCAAGGUAAUACCAAGAGGACCCCGAUGGCUGCCCUGAGGGGUCAUUCUUUUAAUGAAAACUGGAUUCAUCACAGCCAGGACGAGUUCAGGCCCAACAAGCUCCGCACACAGAUGAGCUUCAAUGAGAUGUCCAGCCAGAACCAGGGAUUCUCUGAUAAGAGGAGCAUCAGCCUGCAUGGAUUCCAGAGAGACGGCAGACCCCCACUCACCAGGAGGAACCCCAUCAACGCCAUGAGCUUCAAUGAGCCCCUCACUCCUUUAGAACAGACUCCACGAGGAUCCAUGGAUUCUCUUACCAUGUCCAAUGCCACAGGAAACUCUCUGGAUGGAGUCAGUAAGCGUCAAGAGCAUUUGUCUAGGUUCUCUAUGCCCGACCUGAGUAAGGACUCAGGCGUCAAUGUGUCUGAAAAGAGCAACAUGGGGACGCUCAGCUCUUCAGUCCAGUUCCACAGCACAGAGUCUCUGUCCUCCUCUCGCCCCUACAACAACAACAACAUGUACACUCCACUCAGAGUGGGCUACCCUUUGCAGUACUGGGAUGGCCCACAGCCACUGGGUUUUGACAGCAAAGGCCGUAUUGGUGUGAUGGGCAGCAGUGGGAACCUUCGGAUGGCUCCAAUGAGUGACAGAAUGCCACGCCGACGCAUCAACGCCCAGGAGUCUUUGUCGCAGCAACAGCAGCCCCAGCCAAGACGCCGCAAACACCAUCGUGGAAACCAUGGUAAUGGGCAGCAUCGUAGCGGACGUCACCACAAACGCUCUCGCCGCUCCCGCUCUGACAAUGCCCUGCAUCUGGUGGCAGAUCGGCCCGCUCAGAUGGUGGAGCUGCCCUAUCGGCGCGUACAGGAGGAUUAUGACCGUUUUCCCUCUGGUCAUGCUGCUCGGGAGUUGUUUGGUGUGGAUCCAGGUGGAUACAGGCAGCAGCCCCAUCGGCCUUGUCCCCGCACCACCUCUGAUCUCACCUUACAGAAUGCUGGUUGGCAACCUGUGGGUCUAGGCGGGCCAUGCUGGGGAGACGGGUACAUGGAGGCUGCUGACCCCUGGUGCUCCAGCUGCUCCUCUUCCUCUGAGUCUGAGGAAGAUGAGGGUUAUUUCCUGGGUGAACCUAUCCCUCGGCCUGUGCAGCUGUGUUACAUCAACAAUGAGGAGCUGCGCCAUCGCUACAGCCCCUCUGGGAUUGGUGCCCAUCACGGACCUCUGCAUGGACCGAUUCAUGGCCAGCUGCACACUCGCCAGAGGAGGAAGAGCAAAAACUGCAUAAUUUCCUAGAUAUAGAGCAAAGAGAUGGGGAGGGAUGAGCAGGAGAGUGAAAAAGAUGGAGAGGUAAGGAGAUGGUGAGCAACAGAGAGGAUGAACAGAGGGAGUGGGAAGGUGAGAGUGAGACAGUGAGAGUAAAUGGAGUGUUAGUGUAUGAGUGUGUGUGUGUUGUGGGGUUGAAGAGAGAAAAGGCCUAUUUUUUGUGCUUGUGAGCUUACACAACUCUACACUGGGUAGUGUUUGUGUACACCUACACAGGAUGAUCUAAUCAUAAGAGGAAGCUCAGCUGGCUUACACAACAGAAAUGUUUACAGUGAUGGAGAUCAAAUCCACUGAUGGUAACUGGAAGCAUUGAUGAAUCUGACUACUAAAUAUACUGAUGUGUGAUGUAUGUGUGUGUGUCCAUGUUACGAAGGGACUGAACAACCACUUCACUUUCUGAAAGGGAAAUCCAACUGGUCCAACUGCAGUGAUCUGACUGUUCAUGUCAUGGCUCAGUGAUCCAGUCUCUGGGCGGUCAAACUUAUUCUAUGUGGACAAAGCAGAAAUUGUGUUGGGAUAGUGAAAGCUACGUGCUAGAUUCCAAGCUAUGUCAUUGUUUACCUCAGUGGAAUCCAAAUGCUGCUGGAAUAUAGUGUUGGCUCGCUAGCCCUGUUAUCACCUUGUACAAAUAGUCUGUUGAAUCUUGUGCUCUACAUAGCCGGCUCUCCAUGCUUUAACAAGGACAGAGCGCUGGACGGCCUCUGCUCCUUGACCAUUCAGGCACAGUAACGUCAGGUAUGGUCCCGUUUUCUCUUCUGCAACAUGCUUUGUUUUUUGAAAGUUAGCUAUAGAUGAUUAAGAAUAAUAAUAAUGCUAACAAUAAUAAGUAUAAUAAUGCCAAUAAUGAUUAUAAUAAUAUUAAGAAAUAAUACCUGUUAAAUGUAUAUAUAGUAAUAAACUUAUUAAAAUAAUGGAUGUAGUAAUGUAAAUGGUAUGUACAUAUGGUCUUAAAUAUUUAUAUAUUUUGUAACUAAAGAAUCAUUAUUUGUAUAACAUGAUGUCAAGAUAGGGAGGCUUGCAUGUCAAUUUGUUGUUGUUGUCUCAUACUGAAAAUAAAGUGUACUUCAAUGAACAGCCA